AUGUCAUUCUUUACCGGCCUUUUGGCCUUUGGCCUUGCGGCCUCCUCUUCUUUCGCUGAAGCAACUCCACAGAUACGCGGUCCUCGAGCUGGCAGGCCUGGAUCUCGACCGGGAUCAGGCGGAUGGCGAGGCAAUGGAAAGUCUGCUGGAAGCCCGGAAUACAAAUGGAUUUUCGAAAAUCCUCUGCCUAUACCUGAAAUCGCCCAGCCAGCCUUCACCGAGACCAUCAACGGGAGACAAGUACAAUACUACGAGUCGGAGAUAAAGCCAUUUGAGCAACAAGUCUACCCUAACCUGGGGACUGCCAAGUUGAUUGGUUAUGAUGGCGUUGCCCCAGGCAAGACCUACUGCGUUCCUCGAGGCACCGAAACGGUCAUCAGAUAUACGAACAGAGGUACCCAGUCGUCCUCCGUCCAUCUUCAUGGAUCAUACACACAUUCUGCUUGGGAUGGAUGGGCAUUCGAUGAGCUACAGCCAGGCCAAUGGAAGGACUACUAUUACCCAAACACAGAGACCGCACGACCAAUGUGGUAUCACGACCACGCUCAUGGACAUACCGCCGCGGAUGCAUACUACGGCCAAGCGGGCGUAUACAUCAUCACUGAUCCAGCAGAGGAUGCCCUGGGUCUGCCCAGUGGCAAAUACGAUGUCCCGCUUUGCAUCACCGACAAGAUUUACCAAGCGAAUGGAGACCUUGCCUCGCCCACCAACAACCCGAUCAACUUCUUCGGCGAUACGAUCGAGGUGAACUCGCAGCCAUGGCCAUAUCUGAACGUCGAGCCUCGCAAGUACCGAUUCAGACUCUUUGAUAUGUCUCUAAGCAGAUCUUACGACAUCUACAUUGCUGAUGAGAACAACAACCCAAUCCAAUUCCAGGUCAUUGGCUCAGACUCCGGCCUAUUCGCCGCUCCCGUCGACGCCAAAGACGUCGUCAUUUCCAUGGGAGAGCGCUAUGAGAUCAUUAUCGACUUUAGCUGUUUCGCGGGCCAGAAUAUUACUAUGUUCAACGGUCAACAGAUUGCACAAAUCAACGAGUUCCAUAACACCGACAAGGUCAUGAGGUUCGUCGUUGGAGACAGCGUCACCGACGAGUCCAACAACAACGUACCAUCAACUCUGAACGGUGCCAUCGACUGGCCAGCGCAGCGAGACACUAUUGACAAGACCUUCAACUUCCAGAUGGGCGGCGCGGACGUGUGGACCGUCAAUGGCGUGGAUUUCAGCGACCCGAACUCGCGUGUGCUGGCUAGGCCGCCACAAGGCACUGUCGAGCGUUGGCGCCUCGUGCACACUGGCGGUCCGGCUGUCCACCCAGUACAUAUCCAUCUUGUCAACAUGCAGGUCCUCUCGCGUACUGGUGGUGCCCGUGGCCUCAUGCCAUACGAAGCUGCUGGUCUGAAAGACGUCGUUAUGCUGGCUCCUGGCGAGAUUGUCGACGUGCUUGCCUUUUACGGUCCUUGGAACGGCUUGUACAUGUUUCAUUGCCACAACCUUGUACACGAAGAUCACACCAUGAUGGCCGCGUUCAACACGACGACCCUUGAAGCGCUGGGCUACGACUUCAACAGCACGCAGGGCUUCGGCGACCCAAUGGAUCCGAGAUUCAUAGCCAAGGCUUACGAUGAGUCUGCCUUUUCUGACGCUGCCAAACAUGAAGCAGUGUCCUCGCUAGCGGCGCUGAAUGCUUAUGCUCCUGUCAGCUCGCUCAUGGCUGCAGAGAAGCAGUACUAUGCCACUGCCGGAUUAAAUAGCGACGCCGCUUCUGCCCCGGCUCAAACUGCUGCGCCGACCAGCGUGGGUGUCGGCUUCGUGGCGAAUGCUGUGCCUACCUCUACUGCUCUCUUCCCUAGUCUGGCGCAGCCGUUCAGGGCAUGA